AUGCUACAACUGUGGUGGCCUCGACCACCACGCUAAAGAAUGUAGUCUACCUCCACAGCCAAAGAAGUGCCAUUACUGUCAGAGCAUCAUGCACAUGGUGGCUAACUGCCCUCAUAAACAGCCUUCCACUUCUGCUUUCCCGAGAGAAGGGGGAGGAAUGCACGGCUACUCAUCUCCAUCGUACUCUCAGGAGGGCAGGUCGGAGACCUCGGACCGCUCAGGCAGGUCACCACAGGAAGCUUCGUCGAUUAAGUUGUCUGCAUCGCCCGAAGAACCGAGCAGAAAGGGGCCUUCCGUUCAGAAAAGGAAAAAAACUUAAAGCAUUUGUCAUAACUUUCCAUUCUCUUUGUCCUCUUGGGAUGUCUACCUCAUGCAAGUACAGGGGAAAUAAUUUCAUUAUCAGUAGCUGACCUGGAAUUUUAACUACUGUUGAGGAACUGUGAAUUUUUUUUCUUUGAUAGACAAAUCACUCCAAGCAAAACACAUUUGAGCAGGGUGCAUUACUUUUUACCUUCUGUAUGUGUGUGUAUGAGUGUGCACGCGCGUGUGUGUAUAUGUAUGUAUCUAUAAAUAUAUAUUUUUUUCCAUCAGACCACUGUCCACCUCCCACGAGACAUUACUGUGAAGCAAUAGGCACAGUAUCCACAAAUGUUCCUGAACUCAUUCCUAGAACCUAUUUCCAAACAUGUUCAAAAAAACAAACAAGAAAACCCAAGAA